GGCGCGGGGGCGGCGCAGACGCGGUGACGUCACGAGUGCGCGGCGGAGGAGCCAUAAGCGUCACGGAAGCAGUGGCGGCCUGGAGGUACAGGAUCUUCUCGGACCCGGACUUCUGAACUACCCUGCGCAAAGGAUGCAGAACUCAGAGCGAGAGGGGAGUGGGCCUGAGGUGAGCCCCAGCGUGAUGCCCGAGGCUCCCCCAGAGUCUCCACCUGCCCCAACCAAGUCGCCUGCAUUUGAUCUCUUCAACUUAGUUCUGUCCUACAAACGGCUGGAGAUCUACUUGGAACCCCUAAAGGAUGCGGGUGAUGGUGUCCGGUACUUACUCAGGUGGCAGAUGCCUUUGUGCUCCUUGCUGACCUGCCUUGGCCUCAACAUUUUGUUCCUCACAUUGAAUGAAGGUGCCUGGUACUCAGUGGGCGCCCUGGUGAUCUCAGUGCCUGCACUGCUGGGCUACCUUCAGGAGGUUUGCCGGACACGGCUGCCUGAGUCAGAGCUGAUGCGGAGAAAAUAUCACAGCGUGAGGCAGGAGGACCUACAGAGAGUACGUCUGUCUCGCCCUGAAGCCGUGGCAGAGGUGAAGAGCUUCCUGGUCCAGUUGGAGGCCUUCCUGAGCCGCCUUUGUUGCACCUGUGAAGCUGCCUACCGUGUACUGCACUGGGAGAACCCCAUUGUAUCUUCACAGUUCUAUGGGGCUCUGCUGGGCACGGUUUGCAUGCUGUAUCUGCUGCCGCUCUGCUGGGUCCUUGCCCUUUUAAACAGCACACUUUUUCUGGGGAAUGUGGAGUUCUUUCGAGUGGUGUCUGAGUAUAGGACAUCCCUGAAGCGACGAAUGAACCCCACGCAGGAAGAGAGUACCACUGAAAGCCCACCCCCACCAGAUGCUAGGGGGAAGAGUGCUCUGCCAGACAGCACACCCGUGUCCACACCUACAGAGGACCUCACACCAGGCAGUGUGGAGGAGGCCGAGGAGGCUGAGCCUGAUGAGGAGUUUAAAGAUGCGAUUGAGGAGACCCACUUAGUGGUGCUGGAGGAUGAUGACUGUGCCCCGUGCCCAGCAGAGGAUGAACUGGUCCUGCAGGACAAUGGGUUCCUGAGCAAGAACGAGGUGCUGCGCAGCAAGGUGUCGCGGCUCACAGAGAGGCUUCGCAAACGCUACCCAACCAACAACUUCGGGACCUGCACAGGCUGCUCGGCUACCUUCUCAGUGCUGAAGAAGAGGCGGAGCUGCAGUAACUGUGGGAACAGCUUUUGCUCUCGGUGCUGCUCCUUCAAGGUGCCCAAGUCCUUCAUGGGGGCCACAGCCCCUGAAGCCCAGCGAGAGACUGUGUUUGUGUGUGCCUCGUGUAACCAGACCUUGAGCAAGUGAGAAGAGAGGCCAGGGGCCAGGCAGGUGCCGGUCCCUGGGAUCAACCAGUAGGACACCCACUCUCCGUAUCCUAGCCCCAUGUGGCAUGUGCCAGGCCAGUGUUGCCCAAAUGCUAGUAGGCUUCCCUUUCAUGCCCUUGCUGUCUCCAACUGGGUCCUGGAGCUGCUUCCCACUCCUGCAGAUGGCUGGUGAUGGCUGCUCUCAAAUGCUGAGGGGAGAGGAGCCCUUGGCCUGUCAUGGCUGCCCUGCUCUGCCCUGGGCUGGCCGUUGGCUCAGGGCUGAGCAGAGAACAUAAGCUAGAGGGCAGCAGUGAGCCAGGCCUGGUCACUGAUGUUCUGUGAGUAUCAGCGCAUCUCCCUUGCUCUGGAAUUCCGAGACUGGAGAUGCAAGAAGACUGGAAAAAGAAAUUCUGCCCCUGAUGGAUGUUGGGCCAACCCCCUGGCCUCAGAAGAGCUUGCAGAAGGUCUUGGGAGUGCCACCCUCACUCUGCUGCUUGAAUGCCCUUCCAGGCAUCAGGAUCUUUCCUGUAGAGGGAGCAUCCAGGCUGAACAAGACCAAAAGUGCUUCUAGAAAUAGAGCUGAUGUUUCCAUCCCCACCCCCGGCCCCCAAGAAAAUGCAUUAUAGGGGGGCCUGGCAAAGUCCUUCAGUAUUCAGAGAAAAGUAGGGGGCCUUCAGCUCAGAGGACCUCAGCCUCUGUGCAGAAUCUCAGCCCACAUGAAGCCCUGCUGUCCUCAGCUCCAGAGGGUAGAUGCUGGUCACUCAGAUCACUUGGCCUCCUCUGCCCAGCCUCAGGCACCCCUCCUCUGGUCUAUAACUGCAGGCCCCUUCCCCUGCUCUCCAUCCCAAGGACUAUGAGAUCAGGCAGGCAGAGUGCUGGUCCUGGAUCCCUGGGCCCUUGGGGACUGGGGAGGGGGGUACUAUGGACCUGGGACCUGAACUCCAGGAGGAAAGAUUCAGUGGGAGCUAAGGCUGUUGGGCCCCCAUCCUCUCUCCUACAAGUCCAUGUUCAUUCUGAGCUCUUGGGGGCUCAGUGUCUUUCUCCCUAAGCCAUGAGCAGGCUCAGGCACCCUUCUUCCCUGGAGCCACCCUGCCUUUUUGAAGUAUUUAUUUAUUUAUUGCAUGGUUCCUGGGAACACUCUGUACAGUAAUUGGGACGAUGAGGAUGGAGAGGCAUCUCCUAUCCUAGGAUGCUUCCCAAGAGUUAGGGACUGCCUGGGCUAAGGAUCCAUAGGAGACAGAGAUCUUUCUAUACCCUGAGCAGGUACCCAGGAGGCAGAUGGGGGAAAUGAGGGGCCUACCUAGGACCAGUGUUCUCUCACCAGUCCAGCCAGGCUCCAUAGCCAAGUACCUCCCUCUCCCCAGGCAGUAAAUGCCCAUCUCUAGGGAACUAGGCAAACCUUGGUAUACCCCUUCCCUGGGCUCCUUUGGCCUUCUAAGAGGCAAGAGUUGAGUUCUAUGUGUUUUAUUUAUAUUGGAGAGGAAAUGAAAAGAUCUCUGUGUAUGGAGAAUUGUUAAUAAAAAGGCUCCAAGCUGCUUA